GAGCCAUUGUGCUGAUCUCAUUAGUGUAUGCCUAUGAAACCUGGACAAUAUACUAGCACCUUACCAGGAAAUUGAAUUGCUUCCAUUGAAUUGUCUUAGGAAGAUUCUGAAGAUCACCUGGCAGGAUAAGAUGCUGGACUCUGAGAUCCAUUCUCAGACUAAACUGCCAUUCAAACUCUGCUGCAGAGAGUGCAACUCCAUUGGGUUGUCCACAGUUUCUAAUGCCAACUAUACACUUGCCAAAAGGAUUAUUUUCUAGAGAAUUCACACAGGGCAAGAACUCAUUAAGUAGUCAAAAAAAGCAAUACAAGGACACUCUAAAGGUGUCUCUAAAGAAUUUUAGAAUUGAUUGUAUGAUAUGGGAGACACUGGCACAGGACUGCUCAAUAUGGCAUCACUUUGUACUCUGUGACCAAAGCAUAAUUGAAUUAUUUAAGAAGAAACACAAGAUGUGCAAAGUUCAUCCUAAAUAUUCAUAGGAACUGUGUCCAACCUGUGGCAGAGCAUUCCAAGCUCGUGUUGGUCUGAUCAGCCACAGUCGGACACACUAAUUUGACUCUAAUAUAACGAUGUCAUUUUGCUCCUCUUUGAGAAUGAAGGACAAUUAAUCUUAUUAGGGAUUUGGCUAACAGUGGAAUCUUUGGGACAAGUAAAUCUACGUUUUAGUCACUUUUUUGAUAUUCCAAACUGCUUUCACUGUUGCACAGCCUUACCAAUAAUGCAUUAGUAGGCCUAUCUUCCUGCAAUCUUUUGUAAGAUGACUGUUGUCAUCUUUAACAAUUUGUAUUGUGUAACAAUACCUCAGGAUUAUUUUGAUUUGCAUUUUUCUUCUAAUUAGUGAUUUGGGAUAGUCUUUUAUGUGGUUGUUAAUUAUUUGCAAUUCUUUUCCUUUCACCAUUUGUCUGUUUAGAAAUGGCUUUGGGUAUUUAGUCUAUGCUACUUGUGCCUGUUUGCAUGUUUGCAUGUGUGCUUGGGAGAGUGUGUGUGUGUGUGUGUGUGUGUGUGGUAUGUAUUUGUUUUCCUGUUAAUUGUUUAUAAAUCUUGGAUGCAAAGUCUCACAAAAGAAAAUUAAUGCAAUUUUUUUUAUUUGACUGUUUCCCUUCUUAUUGUAGGUAUAUCAAUUUUAUCUGCACAAAACCUUUUUAAUUUCAUGUAAUCAAAGUUGUUGAUUUUUUUGUCGUUUGUAAUUAUCUCCAUUCCUUGUUUAGUUAAAACUACAUCUCCUUAUAGCUGUGAAAAGUAUGUAAUUUGUUUCUUGCAGUCUUAUCUAUUCUAUUUAUGUCAUUGAAAUAACAUUUUUUUUCCCAGGAAGAGGGCCAUAGUUUUCACCAGAUGCACAAAAAUAAUUAAGAUCUUAUCAAUUAUUAGAUCACUAAGGUAAUAAGAUCAUAGUUUUAGAAUUGGAAGUGACUUUAAAGGUUCUUUGAAUUCAUCCUUCUUCAUUUUACAGAUAAAGAAACUGAGGCACAGAGAGAUAAUGAGUUUCCCAUGUAUCAGUAAAUGUUUGAGGUGAGAUUUGAACUGAGAUCUUUCCAACUAAGUCUUUUCCCAAUCUAAAUCCUAUGAUUUCUGAGACCCUUUCAAGCUCUAACAUUAUAUAUGUAGAACCAGGUCACCCUUACUUAAAAUCCCAGUGAGAGGAUUUGUAUUCUUUUACUAGGUACACAAGCACAUUUAUCCUGGUUUGGCAUCUUUCUUUCUAUUAAUCUGGCAGUUGGAUUUUCCAAGCCUUGCUUGGAGAGUAUUUAUUUUUUAUUGUUAGCAAUCUACUUUGCUUCUUUUUACAUAAGGAAUCUAUCACCCCUCCUAAAGUUCAUUUAAAGACAUCCCCUUUUGUCUUUUGAGUAAUACAGAAAGUUUGAGUAAUACAGGAUCUUGAAGUUAGGAGUGUUUGAGAAAAUGUUCUGUAGUACUAAUUUUAUUAUCAGAUUGUGUAUGAAAUGUUUAGUUAUUUUCUAAAGCAGUUUUUGACUGUUUAAGACUAUGUUAAAAAAAACAUCAAAACCCCCUGUUAUCUAUGUAGGAAAUAAUUCUUAAAUAAAAGCAUUUUUAUUAAUUUAUGAGUAAAAUCAACCAUUUAAGGAGUAAUUUAGAAAGUUGUAGGCAGGGUGUAGAAUUUAAGGUGGCAUUUGCAACCUAGUAUUUAUGUCCUAGGAAUAAAUGAAAUUUUAAAAAGUUUUCUGAAGUUAGCUUCUGAUUUUGAAAUUUUCAUUUUACUUUAGGUAUGAAACAGAAUGACUUUUAGUUCAGUAGCCUCAGAUCAAUCUUGCUAAUUGGAUAACAAUUAUAAAGAUAGAGACAGAAAUCUUACGUAUUGUGGUAUUGUGUGUUGUAUUUAUUGACACCUGUGUUCAAUAAACUUUUUACAAACUGAUUUCUUUUGGUUAUUUACAAGUGAUAUAAUCUGAAUCAUGAUUGUAAUGAAAGUUUGACUUAUUAGUAUGUAAAUCACAGAGAUUAAAAUUAGUGAGAAAAUGUGACAGGUGAUAAGUUAGACAUUUGAAGGAGGUUGUAUAAUUAUAAUCCUUUCUUUUCUGGUAGAAAUAAAACUAUUACUUUGACAAUACAUAACAAACGAAAUGAUUCUUGUGAAAAACAAAAGAAAUGUUUGUUGAUUCAGUAUCCUUAUCUGUAAAAUGAGUGGUAUUGGUCUUCAUUAUAUCUUAAAGUCCUUUCUACUUUGAAAAUCUGUGAAAUUAUAUGCAUUUAGAAUAUCUUUUACCUAUGAAUGAAUGCUAACCAAUGCCAUUCUGGGGAGGUAAUUGUGGGAGAGUGGGGACAUUGAAUACUGGAGAGUAGGAAACACUUCCAGACCUCCUGAAUCCUUUUUCCUAACUGACUAGUGGUUAUGGAAUUUGGGAGAAUGAUAUACAUUUUUUUCCCCCUCAAAACCCAGUGACUGUGGUUGGGAAAUUGAUUAGGUAAACUUCUUAAACUUUAUUGAAAUGCAUUUUCUUUAUAGGUGUUAGAUCUUGCAAUUUAGUUCCUAUACUAGCCUAUGAAUGUGUGUUUAACUCAGAACUUGAUAUGAAAGUACAGCAUUAAUUGUGAGAACCAUGGUUUUUUGUGAAUUAGUCUGGAAACUUAAAUCAUUAUGGCACCAUUGGUUCUAUAGGAAAAUGAAUUAUAAAAUAAAAGAAAAAAUUUCGAUUAAAAUGACCUUUGGAAUCUUACCCAUUUGUAAAUUGAUUGCUAUCGGCAUUUAGGUGAUAUUUAUCAUUUAUUAUUCAUUUGACAUGAACCGGACAUUAAUGGAGUUUUUAGGCCAAAUAGUUGGGUCAUGCGAUGAAAAGAAAAGGGGGAUUUAGAAUCUGCUGUUUGUGUUCAAAUCCUGCCUCUUAUGUAUCUCUUGUAGACUUGGGCCAGUCACUUCUUUGAGUUUCACUUUUUCUAUCUGUAAAACUAGUGGGUUGAGCUAGAAGAUUUCUUAAGAUCCCAGCUGUCACUCUGGGGAUUAUGAGGAAGUUGAAACAAUAAUCAUAAUACAAAAACAACUUUAUGCUAUUGUGACUGGAGGAGAGAGGAUCAGGAUAGAAGUAAGCUUCUUAUGCAAACUUUGUUUCUUUAAUUUCCUAAAAAGUAAAAUUUACAAUUAGGUGAAGAUUUUACUUUUUUUUUUUUUUUUUUGUUAGGAAGAUACCACUUUUACAUAAAACUGCUAAAGAAAGGUUUUUUUUUCCCUUUUAGAAAUGCAAAUAAUGUGUAACAUACAGUUUCUGUUUUUCUUUCAUUUGAAUACUGGUUUAAUUUCAACAACUAUUUAUUAAAUAUUUAUAUUUGAGAUGAAAUGUGCAGGACCAGAUAAGGAUAAGGAAAACCUGAGUUCAAGUUCUAAUUAAUAUAUAAAUAAAACAUUUAACUUUUCAGACCUCAGGCAAGUGUAAAACUGAGUCACAGAACAAUUGUUAACCAUAAUUGAUAGAGGGAGUUCUGACUAUUACUAAGAUCACAGCAUUCAAAAACAUGAAAGACAUAGUGCUGCCAACACUGAUGAUAACUUAGAUAUUUUAUACUAUUUAAUGUUUGUAAAAUGCUUUAUAUCAAUUUAUAUUUCAGUCCAACAGUGUUAUGCAGUAAAGUUACCAUUAUCCCCAUUUUGAGGAUGAGACCGUUAAUAUGAGAGGUUAGACCUACCCAAGUUCACCCAGCUAAGUGAGAUGGAAUUUACGUCUUCCUGACUGAAAGUCCAUUCUUUUAAAUAUCUAUCUCCUUACUAGGUGAUUAAAUCCUCCUUCUUAGGUAUUGUGUAUAGUGAUUUGAAUACAACAUAUGUGUAAUAAAUAUUUGUAAUCUGUAUUUAUGGAAAAGGAUGUAAGUUAUGUUUUUAGUCCUGUGUUUUCUUAUAUAUAGGAUCUGAUGGUUGUAUAUGAUUUAAAACCCCUUAAAAAUUGGGGGAAAUGUACUUUUAAAAUCAAAGCUGUAUGUAACAUUUAACUAGUUAAAAUGCAUCAAAAUCUUCAAGUUUUCAUAAUGUCAGUUUUUGAUUUCAAAUAUGUCCACUCUAGGCCUUUGUCCUCAUCUUUUAUAAAUUUUGAUGUUAAACUAGGUACCUUGAAGGAUGUUUCUAACUUUAUGAUUCUAAAGUAUAGUAGAAAAAGUACUCUAGAUUAUGAGAGAUGAGAUUUUGAGAUCUAGUAGUCGUGUUAUAAUCACAGGGUAACUUUGUACAAUUUCUUUUUAAUUUCCUUCAAGUUUAGUUGCUUUUGCAGAAUGGAAAUACCUUCCAUAAACAUUGGACUAGACCAGAAGAUGAGGUUUUGCUACUCUGAGUAUUGUAAAAUAUAAGUUUGAAACAAAACAGCAAGACUUUUGGCUUGAUUUGAAAAAUAAAUUUCUCAAGAUGAGGAGGAGGAUGGGAGAGAAAUUAGGCUACUCCAUCCUGGUUUAAAAAAAAAAGUUAAUCUUUAAUAGAACAUUGAAGUUUUGUUUCUGUGUUAAAAGGAACAGUCCAACAGCUAGAAAGUUAUAUUAAGUAUAUACUAGGUAAUUUAUUUAAAUAGUUCCAGUACUUAAAGUAUAAAUAAAAUAUAAUAAUAAAUCAUGUUAUAUUCUUUAAACAUCAGCCAGUUGAAAACAUUUAUGUCAAUUUUUUCAGAACUCUAACUAGAUGUGCCUUUCAGUUAGAAGUGAAGAAACUAUGCUUCCCAGUUAAGAAAUCUGUCCUAUUAAAUUUGAUUUUUGUAUUGUAUGUUUUAAUAAAUUUAGUAAAAACAUCUUUGCUUACUUUCCUGAUAACUUAAAUUUUGCUAACUUUUUUUCAGAAAAACUAAGCAUGCCAUCUCUCAAAUUUUAAGAUGUACUGCUGACACAUGAGCAUAAUUUUGCUGAUCCACCAUAAUUACAUAAUGAACUUUUCCUUAUGGUGUUGACAGGUGAUUCUUUUACUUUUAUUUUCUUAACUAGUUUUUUUUUUGUGUAACUAAUGGUACAGGCAGACAGGACAGACCUUGGAGCUAUGGAUAAGAUAGGCUUGUGGAACAUAUUGAAUAUUGUUGUUAUAGGCAGUAAGUUUCAAUUUUGGCCAAAUUAGUACAAUACGAUAACAUUUUCAGAAUAAACAUAUACACACAUAUAUCCAUAAUUCAUCAUUUAAAACUAAACAUUACACAUAUUGUGCAUCUGUAUCAAUUUAUAGUUGAUAAAGUAUUUACUAAGUGUCAGGCACUGUGAGGCACUGGGGAUCUCCCCACUCUACUAAGAUUGUCCUUUUAAUCUCUAGGAAAAAGACUAUAUACCUAGAGAAGCUGAAAGGAGACAAAAGGUACCUGAUACUUUGUUGGAAAAGUCAAAGAAGUUCCAAAGCCAUUCUGUCAGAUAGGAAAUGAGAUUUGUACUGAAUCCUCUUCUUAAAUGGAGGUUUUGGAAUUCAAGACUUCUUCCUUCAAUAAGAAGAGCAGAUGUUCCAUCAGGUGUUGCAUUUUAAGAAAGAGUAAUCAACAAGAACUUGCUGCAAGGGCUGAACUGUCUAUACUUAAUUGCUUAUCUUUUUGCUGAGUUUUGUUUAUACAAAAGAUUCAACAUACCAGUUCUGAUCUUAAAAAAAUAGUUUCAGAAGCAGCCUUUGGACUGGAAGCUGAGACAGGAGAAGCUGUGUACCAUGCAUUAGGAUAUUGAAGAGAAAUAAUUCUAGAAUUAAAUAGUUAUUUGGAUUGUAAAGAAGAAAAGGAGAACGCAAAAAUGGGGCGGAAGAAAAUACAGAUUACUCGGAUUAUGGAUGAAAGGAACAGACAGUUUCUUCUAGGUAAUUACCACAUCCUUGCCAAUGCUAUAAUUGCCUGAAGUAUAAAUAGUAUCAUUAAGCAGAGGAAAUCCUUGGGAAGCUUUGCCAAUCCAAUUGUCCAUUCUCUCAAAAUCAUGGAAUCUCUGUGUAUAAGGAACAUCAGAGUCUAUGGAGUCCAACUUACAGAAAUGGUGACUUUUACAAAGAGAAAAUUUGGCUUGAUGAAGAAAGCCUAUGAACUUAGUGUGCUUUGUGACUGUGAAAUAGCACUCAUCAUUUUUAACAGCUCUAACAAACUAUUUCAGUAUGCCAGCACUGACAUGGACAAAGUCCUCCUCAAGUAUACAGAAUAUAAUGAACCUCAUGAGAGCAGAACCAAUUCGGAUAUUGUUGAGACAUUAAGAAAGAAAGGCCUUAAUGGUUGUGAGAGCCCUGAUGCUGACGAUUACUUUGAGCACAGUCCACUCUCGGAGGACAGAUUCAGCAAACUAAAUGAAGAUAGUGAUUUUAUUUUCAAGCGAGGCCCUGCUCUGAACAAGAAGGAACACAGAGGGUGCGACAGCCCAGACCCUGAUACUUCAUAUGUGCUAACUCCACAUACAGAAGAAAAGUAUAAAAAAAUAAAUGAGGAAUUUGAUAAUAUGAUGCGGAAUCAUAAAAUCGCACCUGGUUUGCCACCUCAGAAUUUCUCAAUGUCAGUUACGGUACCAGUUACCAAUCACAAUGCUUUGACCUAUACUAACCCAGGAAGUUCACUUGUAUCCCCAUCAUUGGCAGCCAGUUCAUCAUUAACAGACACAAGCAUGCUCUCUCCACCUCAGGCUACAAUGCAUAGAAAUGUAUCACCUGGAGCUCCUCAGAGACCACCAAGUACUGGCAACACAGGUGGAAUGUUGAGCACUGCAGACCUCACAGUGCCAAAUGGAUCUGGAAAUAGUCCAGUGGGGAAUGGCUUUGUAAACUCAAGAGCAUCUCCAAAUCUAUUAGUAUCUACUGGAGGUAGUAGUUUGGGCAAAGUGAUGCCUACAAAAUCUCCCCCUCCUCCUGGAGGUGGAAACCUUGGAAUGAACAAUCGAAAACCAGACCUUCGAGUAGUGAUCCCCCCUUCUAGCAAGGGUAUGAUGCCUCCGUUGUCGGAGGAGGAUGAAUUGGAGUUGAAUUCCCAAAGGAUAAGCAGUUCUCAAUCUACUCAACCUCUUGCUACCCCAGUGGUAUCUGUGACAACUCCAAGCUUGCCUCCACAGGGACUUGUGUAUUCAGCCAUGCCUACUGCUUACAACACUGAUUACUCACUUACUAGUGCAGAUCUGUCAGCCCUACAGGGAUUUAACUCUCCAGGAAUGCUGUCUUUAGGACAAGUAUCUGCCUGGCAACAGCACCAUUUAGGACAAGCAGCCCUCAGUUCUCUUGUUGCUGGAGGGCAGUUAUCUCAGGGUUCAAAUUUAUCCAUCAAUACCAACCAAAACAUCAACAUCAAGUCAGAACCAAUCUCACCUCCUAGGGAUAGGAUGACACCGUCAGGCUUCUCUCAACAACAGCAGCAGCAGCAGCAGCAGCAGCAGCAGCAACAGCAACAGCAACAGCAACAGCAACAGCAACAGGCUCGUCAGGAAAUGGGUCGAUCCCCUGUUGACAGUCUGAGUAGUUCCAGUAGUUCAUAUGAUGGUAGUGAUCGAGAAGAUCCCAGAAGCGACUUCCAUUCACCCAUUGGGCUUGGCAGACCCCCAAACACUGAAGACAGAGAAAGCCCUUCAGUAAAGCGAAUGAGGAUGGACACAUGGGUGACAUAAAGCUAUUGAUGUGGCUGUUUUUAUUUUAUGUUACUGCAACGAACUGCCCUACAUAUCUAAGUUUAUAAAUAAGGACGUGAGUUAAAUAUAUUUAUAUCUAUAUACAUACAUAUAUCUCUUUACGUAUAUAUGUAUGUGUGUGUAUGUGUGUGUGUGUGUGUGUGUGUGUGUGUGUGUUGCAUACACCGAAUUAGGCACUUACUGCAAAUUCCUUGUAUAUCUGCAAAUGUCCAAUGGUAAACAAAAGAAACCCUGUAGGCAGGGGUCUGGUCUGGCACUUUCUUAGGCUUUUUGUUUAAUAAUAUAAUCCAGUUUUUGAGGAGAAACAUUGUAUCCAUAUAAUCUUACCACACUGGCUUGCAGGAACCUAGAGGGCUCACCCAUAGUAAUGUCCCCUAUGUGUUUUAUUCAGACUGUGUGGUUACUUGUAGUUUGUUAAGGAAAAAAAUGCUUUGUAGCAGCAGGGCAGUAGGAAAGCAGGAAAAAAAGAAAGCAAUACUGUACAUAAAAUGACAUUUAUAUUACCCAACCCAGCAUGGGUCUCUUGCAAAGGGGUGCAUGGGAAAGGGCUGAUGCUAUUUAAACAAAACAAGAAAACACCACACAUACUGUUUUGCACGUGCAAAAUGUAUUGGGUCAAAGAAGUGAUCUUUAGUUAAUAAAGAGAGAGAAUAGAGAAAAAAACGCAUGAGAUAUUCAGAAAAAUAUUAACCUAGAAAAAUAGAGCAUUAACAAAAUAAAAUUAAUAUAUUAAUUUAUAAUUGGAAUAUGUCAGAAGUUUCUUUUUACAUUCACAAUUAUACAAAAGAAAAGAAUUGAUUUUAGCUCAUGUAUAUUUUAUAUUAAAAAUACCCUUAUGAAUUGAUGGCUAUAUAUAAGGUUAUAUAUAGUACUUUUGAACACAUUCUGCUAUGAAUUAUUUAUAUAAGCCAAAGCUGUAUGUUGUAGCUUUUUUUUUGUAGAGUAUAGUUUUAUCUUGUUUUGACUUUUGAGUUUUACUUUCAGAGGGAAAAAAAAAAAACUUGCAGGCGGAACCUUGGAAACAAAAAGCCAUGAACACUUAUUAUCUAUAUGUAAAUUAAAAUUUGAGCCAAACUCUUUUUUGUGUAUAUAGCAUCUUAAAUAUAUUAUCACCUUUGGUGUAAGUACCUAUGUAUUGUACGGUCACCAGAUUAAAAAGUAUAUUUUUGUGGAUUGCCGCCAACUUGAAAAAAAAAAAAGGCGAGGUCCUUAUUAAGUAGAGUAUUCACUGUUUAAUAUUUACUAUUUUGUUAAAUAUACUGUACUUUCUUUGGAUUUUAAUUAUUAUUAAUAUCCCAGUUUUUUAGAGGGUUGUAUAAAGGGGAUUUUCCCCUCACUGGUGGUGAAUGUGUGAUGUUAAAUUGUAAUCUUUGUGCUGUAUGGUUAAGCUUCAUUAUACAUUAUACAUUUUAUACAUAUGUAUAUAAAUAGCAAAGUGGAAAAAAAUCUGGUGUUAAAGUUCAUUCUGAAUAAAUAUAAAAUGUGUUGUAACAGAUUUUAAAAGGCAUUAGUUAAAACUUUGCCUUUUGUGAGAAAAAAUACAGUGGAAAAAGUUGACCUAAUUUAAUUCAUGUUAAGAAAAUGGUAACAUAUCAGGUGAGCACAAAAGGUUUUAUAAGUGGUAGAAGCUAAGGGAAAAACACUUAUUUUGGAAAUAAAUUUCCUUUUCUUCUAACCCUCCAGAAAUAGAGGGAUACAGCUGGCCACAAUUUAGCUUUUUUAUUACUAUUUUUAAAAUAUUUCAUACUCAAAUGAUAGUCAUUCCACUUGGGGGGGAGGGGCUUAAAUUGAUUAUAAUGCAGCUUCCACUUUAAGUGCUUAAUAUUUUAAUUGAGCAAUGGCAGCCCUCAGCUUGAUUUUUUUAAACUCCCUACCUGAAGAUUAAUCUGUGAUAGCAGUUUUCCUUUCCUGAGUUAAUCAGUUUUUAUUAAUAAGCUCGUGCCAUAUGAGCCAAAAUUCUGUAUCUUGCUAUAUUUUGUAUUUUCAGAGUUAAAACUGCACCUCUCACCAGAAACUCAAAGUAGAGCUUUUAAAAAUUGUUCCUUUUGUACUGAAUUUAAAUUAACUUAUUAUAACGGCCAUCUGUCAUCUUUUACCUAAAUUUCAUUUUAUCUCCUAAGUUAAGGGUCAUUUUCUUAUCUACAGUGUUUUGGCAAAGUUUUUUUUUGGUUUGAAGGUUUGUUUUAUUUUGUUUCUGCCUUUUCACAACAAGCCAUUCAAAACACAGACAGCCAAAUAUUCUGACUGACACAGGUAUUAAGAACACUCACUUGUUGGAAGAUGGAAAUUUUUGGAGAAGAAGUCUUGGAUAUGACUAAUAAAGUCUAUUACCAUAGCUAAAAAUUGGAGGAUUAUCACAUAUUCUCUCAAUUAAAUAUAAGUAUUUGGGUCUUAUUCAAAAAGGUAGUUUUAAAAAUUUAAAAUGAAUUUUUUUUAUUAAAGUAUCCAUGCCUUUUGCAUGGUCAUACAUAAUCUAAGCAGCAAAUUUUAAUUUGUUUUUUUAUUUGAAAUUAAUUUAGGUUUAUUAAGCUAUCUACAUGUUUUUCAUAGGGUCACAUACAAUCUAAGCAGCAAAAUAUUCUACCAACACCAAAUUUCCAAGAUAAUUCCACUUCCUUACCACUUUAUAGACCAUUUAUAGCUUUGAAAGUGUUAGUGAUUCUUUCAUUAUUAUUUAUGCAUGUUCAUGAAUUUUUGCUGUAUAUGUGAAUAGGAGUUAUGCAUUCACAUUUACUGUCUAUUUUCUUGUGUGCCUUAUGAGAUGGCUUUGCUGACUGUAUCUCAAUAGUCUUUAUUUCUAUGCAGGUUUAUAUGCAGUACAAUUACUGUUUUCUAAAAUAAUGUUACCCAAGGCUCAGAGUUUGUAUUUAAAUUGCUUUGACAGAGUAAAAAUUUGUUCAUUUUGCAGGAAGUGAGUAUCUGACUGUUAACCUCUUUCCCAUAAGCCCUAUUUGUGAAUUUAAACAAGUAGAUUUUAUAAAAAAUCCCUUUACACAUACAUACAUGCACAUAUAAAUAUACGAAUAUUCAUAUAAUGGAAAGUGAUUUUUAAUGAGGAUAAUGUGUAAUUUUAGACCCUACUUUUAAAAAAUUAGACUAGUGUUAUGUGACACCGUAAAAGAAAUAAUUAAAUCUAUUCAAGUGUAGCAUUUCUUUUUUCUUAAAAAAAUAAUAAUAAUAAAUAAAAAAGAGCAAUUCUAUGGUUAAAUUACACAGGUUAAAAUAAGUUUUCCAAUAGAAAAUAUCCUGUCUGUACUCUUUUAGCCAAUCCAUUUACAAAUGAAACUCACCUAUUGUAUACAUAUGAUCCCAAUGAAAACUCCAUUUUUGAGCUCCAAUUAAAAACAUAAUGUUGCAGAGUAAAUCAGGGGUUUGUUAUAGAAAAAUAAAAUGUUUUAGUAUUUCCUUUUAUUGUAAAGGACACUAAUGCAUCACAUACUUUCUGGAUUAACUGUCAUGCGCACAAGAAAUACAUAGUAAAUAAGGAACCUAAAAACUCCUGGCAUUUGAUCAUGAAAAGAAGUUAGAUGAUUAGAAUGUGAAAGAAAGAUUUGCAAAUGUAAAAUGUUUAUUUCUCUGUAGAAACUUUCUUCACUUUGCUGUGCAAGAGGACACUGCUUUGCUAUAUUUAAAAUGGCUUUUUUAAAAGAGAUUUAUGUAUUUGGUAAAUGUUUGUAGUCAACAGUUCACACAAGAAGCUGUUCACGGUUUGAUAAUGUAAAACCGUUUGGCGGCACAAGCUGGACUUUGUUGCCAUCUUUGAGAUGAACCUUUUAAGAAAAAAAUAAGUUAAUCUCAAUUUUUCCCUGAAUGUGUUGUUUUUUUCUUCAUUAUACAAUAAAUAUUCUAGUGAACUUUUUAUCAAAUGGUUAAGAAAAUGCUAGAGGUUGUUGUAAAAUAUUUGUAUCCUGCAUUCACUAAAGUAAAGAUAUACUGGCUUUUACUGUGUA